ACUAUAAUCAUUGUUUUUAGAUUAUUUAAUAACAAUCGGGAAGUAAAUCAUUUCAUAACAUUUCUCAGUAACACGAAAAGUGUAAACAGAUAUUAUUAAAAACAACUCAACCCACCGAGACGCAUUUUAUUUAGAUAAACAUGCAUUUCUACAAUAUUUGAAUAUUAGAUAGACGACAACAAAUACAAAUAUGGCUGAUUAUCACAUCAGGGAGGCGGCAGAAUCACUUUUAUGUAGUGUAUCAAGCCCACCAUAUAUAAAUACAACUCAUUCUCAAUCAGUGAACCUGAUGUCCGAAGACCUGGUGGCGGGCUACCGGCCGAUGGGGAAGAUGUCGACCGUUCGGAGGUUCUUUUGUUUGUUCGUGACCUUCGACAUACUGUUCACAAGCCUGAUGUGGCUGAUAUGCGUUAUGAUGAAAGGCGAAUCGUUGAUACAGAUAUUCAACAGAGAAAUCAUACAUUACGAUAUUAAAAUAUCACUAUUCGACAUAGUUAUUGUCGCUGUACUGAGAUUUCUAUUGUUAAUAGUAUUUUACGCCAUAGUAUAUAUUAAUAAUUGGAGUGUUAUUGCGCUUUCAACAAGUGGAACUUGUGCCUUCUUAAUAGGAAAAGUCUUUGUAUAUGAUUGGCCGAACGCAUCACAGCCAGUGUACCAAGUCUUCCUAAUACUGACCUCCUUCACGAUCGCGUGGGGUGAGGCCUGGUUCCUGGACUUCAGGGUUCUCCCGCAAGAGCUGCAGGCCAAGCAGAUCUUGGAGACAAUGGUUAGCCAGAGCACAGAGCGGACCCCCCUGUUGGGGCCCCACAGGCCGCACCGCGUCCAGUCGACGCACGGCGAGUCGACGGUCAACUGGUUCUCGCCCGUCGAGACGCCGGAGUCGAGUCCUCGGCCGAAACGACCCGGUGACGUCAUACUCACGCAAGAUCAGAUAGAUGAAUACAAGCAAAUGGCAGAGGAGGGUAUGCAGAACGCUUGGAAGACGAUUAACCUUCCGGAUUGGAAGCUGGAGAAGCGAGGCUCACAGAAGGGCGACAUAGUCGAGUCCAAACAGUGCGAACAGUUCGGCAAAGUCUACAGAUUUACGGGUAUAGUGGACUGUCCAGCCAAGUUCCUCUUUGAGGAGUUCAAGAAUAACAUCACUAAGUUACCAGAAUGGAACCCCACCAUAUUAAAGAGUGAAUUGAUUAAGGAGAUAGGCCCCGGCAUAGACCUGUCGUACCAGGUGACGGCGGGUGGUGGGCGUGGGAUCAUCGCCCCGCGGGACUUCGUCAUCCUGCGCCGCCUGGCGCCGCUGAGUGCCGAUGGGAAGGUAGUGGAGGGGAGUGCGGCAACCUGCUAUAUCACCAGCGGGGUCAGCGUGGCGGUGCCCGGGUAUCCGCCCGUCCGGGACAUGGUCAGAGGACACAACAAAGUGGGCUGUUGGUGUCUCACCCCCAAGGCCGUAGAAGAGGGGGGAAAGAUUGUGCAACGCACCGUGUUCCAGUGGCUCAUGUGUUGUGACCUUAAAGGUAAAAUACCCCAAUUCGUCCUGGACGCUGCGUUCGCAACAGUAAUGUUGGACUACAUUGUCCAUGUCAGGAAGUUCGCGGCCGAUAGCAAAGCUAAGGGUCUGUUUUAAUAAGUGAAAAGCCAGCACAGAUACAAGAGACGUAACAACUUUAUUCUUGAAUAGCAUUUUACUAGCACGAAAGAUAAUAAUACGAAAACAGAUGAAUUAUAGUUAUAAGAACAGUUCUCAUUGUGUAUUGGCGGAAUUUUGCCAGUGUAUGAAUGCCAUGAAAUGCCAGUCUGUUUACCUAAACUACCAUCAAGUGGUAGGCCUGUUAGAGUAAUUGCAUCACCAUCAAUAACUCAUUGGCAUUACUAUUAAUUGUCUCUCUAUUAAAAAUAUCUUAGAUAAGAGAUUUAUAUGGAAUUAGCAUUCGCAAUUAUUUUAUUUUUUAGAGCUCAUCACAACACUAUCCAAAUUUUCUCGUGUGAAGUGACCUGAAAAUAUCGACCUGCAUUUAGAUCAAAUGUUGCCAUAUUAAAUCUUUAAACCGAAGUUAAAUAUAUAAAUAAAUGUUCUUUAGAGUCUGCCCAGCCGUGGGAUGUUUACGGGUUUUUAAUCUCAUCACAACACUAUCCAAAUUUUCUCGUGUGAAGUGACCUGAGAAUAUCGACCUGCAUUUAGAUCAAAUGUUGCCAUAUUACAUCUUUAAACCGAAAUUAAAUAUAUAAAUAAAUGUUCUUUAGAGUCUGCCCAGCCGUGGGAUGUUUACGGGUUUUUAAUUUUAAGUUUUAUUUUUUCUUAUUGUAUUUUUGUUUUAUUUAGAUUACAUUAAGUAAAAUAAAGAUAAUUAAUAGAAUGAAUGCUAUUUCCAAUUCACUCUCUGUUCUAAGGUCAUUGCUCAUUGUAAUUUAUUAAUUUAACCCCCCAGCUGUGUUUUAAUGGCGUCUUAUUUGUUCUGAAAUUACAUUGGGUACUGUGUUAGUACAUUACUUAUUUACAUGUAUAUAAUUAUUCGAUAACAAACGUACGUAUAUUCUAAAUAAAAUCAAUUUUUAAUAACUAUUUAUUAUUUUUAAUAACAAAAAAAUAUCCCAUAAGCUUUUUCUUUUUUAUAAUUGUGGGAUAUUUUUUUAUUCGUUAUUUAUAGUAAUAAAAGGAUUAUUAAAAUAUGAAUAGUAUAUUAUUUAAAAAAAACAGUUGGAGGGUUAAAUAUUGUUAAUAAAACAAAUAUGAAUUGAAUUGUAAAGCUAAAAUGCUUUUUAUAUAACAAGUAUUUUUAUAUAUAAAAAAAAAUGUUUAUAAGUUUAUAUACAUAUAUUAAACGUGUAGUUACGAAGUAUAGUUUUUUUUUUAUAUAUAGGUAUUAUGUCUAAUCUGUGGUCAAAAGUUAUUUGACAGGACCUUCUUACCCUUACAUACAAAAUAAACAAUAAUAUAAGUAAACUCGUCGGGCAAUGCUUAGAUAUAUAAAAAGAGGGGAUGCUUCUUCACAAUCUGGGCUUUUAGUCAUGAACAUGUUUUUCUUAAUGGGAGCUCUUGGUCUUCACACAUUUGGAAAAAACAAGGAAAAGGUAAUUCUAUAUAAAUAGCUUCCACCCAUGGGGAGGCAAGUGUUAAAUAGCCUAUGUGUUAAGGUUCAUAUAUUUUCAAUUCAAUUUUCAUCAAAAUUUGUUAAACUAUUUAAGCGUGGUUGAUCAAUAAACAUACAAACCCACAUUUAUAAUAUUUGUAAGAUA